CGCGAGCGCGAGCAACUGCGCAAGUGGGAAAUUCGCGAACGUCAGGAGUGGGAGGGGGCGGUAUCGACCGUAGCGCUUUUCUUCUCUUUGAUUUUCUAGCCACAUCGUGCAGCAGCAAUUGCAAGGUCGACAGCGGCCGAUCAACGACGUGAGUGACAUAACGCGAGUAUAGUCCGAGGAAAAUAGGAAAAAACAUGUCCAAGUACCGGAUUGUGAUGGUUCGCCACGGCGAGAGCGAGUGGAAUCAGCAGAAUCUCUUCUGCGGAUGGUACGACGCUAAUCUGUCCGAGAAAGGCAAAAGCGAAGCUGCUGCAGCAGGUAAAGCACUGAAAGAAGCUGGUUACACCUUCGAUGUCGCCCAUACCUCUCAGUUGACCAGAGCCCAGGUGACUCUUGCUACAAUUCUGAAGGAAAUUGGACAAGAGAACAUCCCGAUCCACAAGACCUGGCGUCUGAACGAGCGUCACUAUGGUGGACUGACUGGAAUGAACAAGGCUGAGACCGCUGCCAAGUAUGGAGAGGAGCAAGUACAAAUCUGGAGACGAUCCUUCGACACCCCUCCACCACCAAUGGAGCCAGACCACAAGUAUUACGAAACUAUUGUCAAAGAUCCAAGGUACGCCGCUGAGCCCAAGCCUGAGGAGUUCCCCAAGUUUGAAUCUCUGAAGCUGACCAUUGAGAGGACUCUACCAUACUGGAAUGGUACCAUCAUUCCUCAACUCAAGGAAGGAAAGAAAAUCAUCAUUGCUGCUCAUGGUAACAGCUUGAGAGGAAUUGUCAAGCACCUUGACCAAAUGAGCAAUGAUGCUAUCAUGGGUCUGAACCUUCCAACUGGUAUUCCAUUUGUAUACGAACUGGAUGAGAACUUCAAGCCAGUUGUUUCCAUGAAGUUCCUUGGUGACGAGGAGACCGUGAAGGCCGCGAUCGCAUCUGUUGCUGCUCAGGGCAAAGCAAAGUGAAGAGAUAUCAUUUUCAUAAAAUGAACUACAUCUGCAAGUGAUCUGUAUGGCAAAUAUGUAUUUAUUAAUUCCUAGUCUUGCCAUCGACUGGUCAAGCAUUAGAGGAAACAAUGUUACUCACGACAGAGCGUUAUUUAUUUAUAAAUAUUACAAAAUGAGCUUUAAAACUCGUUAAAUAUCAAUGUGUGGUGUUAAAAUCACCUUAUCAAAAACAAAAAUAAUGCAACAAAGCAAAUUUAUUUUUCAUUUCAAGAAAAAGUUACACUGAAAAUUGUAGCAAAUCCAAAUAAAUGGUUUUAAAACAA